CUUUUUAGAAAGAAAAUAGAUUGAAAAAAAUAAUAAUAAAAAAUUGAGAGAAAAAUAUAAAAGUAGAAAAUGAAGUGAAAUAUCACUGCUCACGAGAUCUCAUUUUACAAUCUGUAACCACGUCAUUCUCAUCCUCAUUAUUCUCCAUGGUCCCUCACUCCCAUUCCUUCGAUCCCAGCCGUUGAUCUCUUUGUCCAUGAAUAUUAUGUUCUUCAAAUCGAGGGUUUCCAACGUCAGCCACCGCCAUACAACCCUAAUCUCCACCCAUGUCAUCAAAGGUCAACCGCCACCACUACCACCACAGAUUCAACGCCCAGAGUUUCCCUCCUCCUUGUCCCCACUUAGCCGAGUUCCGUGCCCGGAACGGCUCCAUGCCCUUCCGGUCCCUCGAAGAUUGUCUGCGGGCGAAACCACCGUGCGGUCGCGCCGCCAUACGCCGGGAACCUUCCGAGGUUCCUCGAUGUGGCGCUUGCGGAGAAUCUGCGCGGCCCCGGCUCUACGCUUGCGUGGCGUGUGCGGCUAUCUCGUGCCACGCGCCUCCCGAACUAUCACAUGCGGCUGCGCAUGCCACGUCCAUGCCUCCAGGACACGAGAUCGCGGUGGACGUUGAUCGCGCGGAACUCUUUUGCUGCGCGUGCCGCGAUCAGAUCUAUGACCGUGAUUUUGAUGCUGCGGUGGUCUUAUCCCAAUCCACUACGCUCAAAUCCGCCACAAUCCAAUCGGCGAAACCCGAAAAUCUCUGUAAACGGCGGAGAGUUGAUUACCUUCCAUGGUCUCCUGAUAUGCGGGAUCGCGUGUUGAUGGAGAGCGGCUCGAGUCCACUAGUUUACGGGUCUGAUAUGCCCCGAGGCUUGCGAGGCCUGAAUAACCUGGGAAACACUUGCUUCAUGAACUCGGUGCUUCAGGCAUUGCUUCAUACUCCGCCAUUGAGGAAUUAUUUCUUGAGCGAUCGGCAUAAUAGGUACUAUUGUAAGCAGAAAAAUGGAGUUACCAAUAGUAACGCAGGUGGGAAGAGGAAUGUGGGUACUGGUGAUGGUAAUGGCAACAAGAAUGCGAGAUUGUGCUUGGCUUGUGACAUGGAUGCAAUGUUUUCAGCUAUAUUUUCCGGGGAUCGGACGCCUUAUAGCCCCGCAAAGUUUUUGUACAGUUGGUGGCAACACGCAUCUAACUUGGCAAGUUAUCAACAACAGGAUGCCCAUGAGUUUUUCAUCUCCAUGCUUGAUGGUAUUCAUGAAAAGGUGGAUAAGGAUCGACGCAAGCCCCACAAUCAGGGCCACGGAGACUGUUGUAUCACUCAUAGAGUUUUUUCUGGUAUCUUGCGAUCUGAUGUCAUGUGCAUGGCUUGUGGUUUCACAUCCACAACAUAUGAUCCAUGUGUGGACAUCUCACUGGAUUUAGAACCUCACCAAGGGGGUCCUGCAAAGUCAGCUUCUAUGAAGACUCAUCCUUCUUGCAAUGGUGAGGCAGAUAGCUUGAAUUCAGGCCAAAACUGUGGGAUAUCUACCCUAAUGGGAUGUUUGGACCGGUUUACUAGACCCGAAAGAUUGGGAGCUGACCAAAAAUUCUUCUGCCAACAAUGUCAGGUGAGGCAGGAGUCUCUCAAACAGAUGUCUAUAAGAAAGCUUCCUUUGGUUUCUUGUUUUCACAUCAAAAGAUUUGAGCAUUCUUCGAUAAGGAAAAUGUCAAGGAAAGUUGAUCGUUAUUUGCAAUUCCCUUUUUCAUUGGACAUGACACCUUAUCUUUCUUCUUCCAUUUUGAGAAGUAGAUUUGGCAACAGGAUCUUCCCAUUUGAUGGAGAUGAACCAGAUGCUUCAAAUGAGAUGUCAUCUGAGUUUGAGUUGUUUGCUGUUGUCACACACAGAGGUAAACUUGAUGCUGGUCACUACGUGACCUAUUUGCGCUUGAGUAAUCAAUGGUACAAGUGUGAUGAUGCUUGGGUCACUCAAGUCAAUGAGAAUAUUGUGAGGGCUGCACAAGGCUACAUGAUUUUUUAUGUACAGAAGAUGUUUUAUUAUAAAGCAAGUGAGAACCAAGUAGCCUUGUGAUAUAAUGACCAGAAUUGGUGGUUGACUUAACUGCAUUGAAAAAUAGUAAUCAAUGAAGCCACGGUGGGCAUAGAAGUCUCCAUGAGUGAGAUGUCAUGGCUUGUUUUAUAUGCCAAGAAAACAAAUGUUCAAAAGCUGCUCUUUCAAUUAACGAAGCUGAAGCAGCACACUAUUUGAGUUCUAGUGGUGGCUUAUUAUACUUGGAACAUAAACUGAGCCUGGAUUUUUGAGGCACUUCAACAUUGGGAAAAAUAAAAUUUAUGAAGGUAUGGAUUUUUCUAAAUUAAUUCCUGACUUAAAAUUUUCCCCUUACGCGGUUUUUUCCCCUGCUCAUUCAAGUAUUGUUAGUGGGUUGAUUCUUUUUUCUUAUGGAUCCUCUCAGAAGUUGCAAUGCUUGGAAGUGUAGUUCAACAGUAUACUAAUCUUCCUUACAUGGCAUAUAAAAUCUGAUAUGAGUUCAUUUCUUUUCCGCUAAGACUUUGAUGCUUGGUUUGUGCCUGUUCAUGCUUGCUCAUAGACUAAAUAUAAAGAAUUGAUGCUUUAUGUUGGCU